CUUUUUAAUACAGUUAAGCGCAGACGUUAACGCGUUUAUAUUAGUUUACAUGAACGAAACAUAACGACAGGUUUACAUUUAUUUAAACAAAUAAUAUUAAGUGCACAUUUUUUUAUAUUAUUGGUGAUAUUUCGUGAUGACUUCCAGGAUUUACCCGUGUUUAAAAGAUUUUACAAAUUAAGUGGUAAACACAAGACAUUUCUGAUUUAAAAAAAAGUUUUAACCAGGUGUUAAAUCUAACUGUUUUUCUCAAAAUGUAUGAUUAACAUAAUUUCAUCCAUUCAUUGUCACGACUUUGUAAGAUAUAAAAGUGGGAUCGAUGCAUAGUUGUGUCGCGACAGGGAUUUGAUGAAAAUCUGCGGAUCCUUUUCAAUACAAGAGACCAUGAAGAACCUGUGGACGUGGGGAGCAUUGUUGAUAGUGGUGCUGUGCCUACACAAAGGAACUGCGUUCACGCAACAACGAUUUGAUGGUUACUAUAACAACCUGAUCACGCCAAGCUUGGGAAGCGCAGGAAAGCCUCUGAAGCAGAACAUUACCACGGCAUACUUUGACUACACGUACAAGCUAUCUGGCAGAAACCGGCCCAGCCCUCGGCUUAUCAGCGAGACGCUUUUCAAGAAGGAUGCAAACAACACGUACACGCCUAAUGAAAGGAACCUGACCGCCCUCUUCGCCUUCUUCGGUCAGUUGGUAUUCUUGGAGCUCCUCGACACAGACGACAUUACAUGCCCCGUGGAGCUCCUCUCCAUACCCGUACCAAAGUGCGACCCCGAGUUCGACCCACAGUGCGCGGGAAACAAGGCCCUGCCCUACGAGAGGGUCGCCUACGACAAGCAGACUGGACAGUCACCAAAUGUGCCCAGAAAGCAGGUGAACAAGGCUACAAGCUACAUCGACGGCAGUUUUGUGUAUGGAAACAACCUGGUUCGAGCCCUGAACCUUCAGGCGGACCGAUCCCCUAAGCUGGCCGCGGGGGACGCGUGGUCCAAGUACCCGCAGAAGAAUGCAGAGGGACUUCCGUUUGUUGCGGUUCCUGACCCCGUGGAGCACCGGUUCCAUGACCAGCUGGAAUACUGGAAACUCGGCGACAAGCAUGCGCAAGAGAAUCCUGGCAUCCUGUCGCUCGGCGUCCUCUUCUUCCGGUACCACAAUAAAGUCGUGGACCGCCUCGACUCUCGCCAUCAUCACGACUUCGACGAGACUUUCGCACGCGCUCGAGAAUGGGUCAUCGCAACCUUGCAGAAUGUUAUCGUUUAUGAGUGGCUUCCCCUACUUCUUGGCGAAAGUUUACCGGAAUAUACAGGCUAUAAAUCCGACAUCUAUCCUGACGUCACUGCCGUAUUUGACGCUUCAGCCAUACGUUACAUAAUGACGUUAAUACCCGCCGGACUACAUCAAAGAAACAUAAAAUGUGCCAACGCCUCAUCCGGUGCGUUUCCUGCGCUUCGAUUAUGCAACAUGUAUUGGAAGUCGCAGGAGGUAUUAAUGGAGAGAGAGGAUGAGGUGGAGGAGACGUUGAUGGGAAUGGUUUCCCAGAUUGCGGAGGCCGAAGACACGAAGGUGGUCGAGGAUCUGCAAAGUAAGUUCUAUGGCCCCCUACAUUUCUCCCGCCACGACUAUGUGGCCCAGACUAUCAUGCGAGGUCGGGACUACGGGCUGCCAGACUUCAACUCAGUGAGGCAAUACAUGGGGCUACCGAGGGUCAAAAGCUUCCCGGAAAUCAACCCAUGGCUGAACGCAUCAAACCCUGAGGCGUUGCGGAAACUCGAGAGCUUGUACGGCGGUUUGGAUGACAUCGAUGUGUUCGUCGGCGGCAUGAUGGAGACGACCCCUACAGGCGGGCCCGGGCCCCUGUUCCGCGCCAUAUUGAGGGACCAAUUUAUUCGAAUCCGUGACGGGGAUCGGUUCUGGUUCGAGAACAGAGAGAAUGGGAUGUUUAACGAGGCGGAGAUAGCUCAGAUUAAGCGUAUACGUAUGCAUGACGUCAUCCAUAACUCCACGCGCUUCGACUUCAUUGGUAUUCAAGACAACGUGUUCCAGUACAGCAACGAUCACAAGUGCCCGAGCAUCUACGUGCACGAAAGGGUCCUAGAGCCGUGCACGCCCCACAGGGGCUACGACUACUUCGCUGGAAGUGAGGCCUCCUACAUCAUCGUGUGGGUUUCAUUCGGACUGAUUCCAUUCCUUUGUCUUCUCUUUGUGUACAUCCUGUCCAAGUGCAAGCAGUGGCGGCACAUGCGCAGUGUGAGCGACCUCCAGCGGGAGAUUAAGGAAACCAUCGGCGAGCGGCAGGGAGGGAGUUGCGUGUGUCAGCACCGGGGCACAGAGUGGCAGAGCGCCAAGGAGACCCGCCUUGUCGUCAUCCGGCUCAAACCGGACUGCUCUCUGGAACUGAUCAACCUCAAGGGGAGGCCGAUCCGCACGAUCAACAUGUUGAACAUCAAGCACGUGCAAUGCUUCGUCAGCUCCAACAAGAGGCGCAACGUCGUCAUGGUGCGCGUCCCUAAGGAGUAUGACCUAGUGCUGCAACUCACGAACGAGUCACAGAGGCGCGUGCUGCUGACGUCGCUGGAGCAGACCCUCGUAGAGAACGCUGGUUCCCUUGUUUGUCACGAGAUGAAGGAGAAGCACCUCUACCAAAAAGCCUUUACUCAGCAGAAGCGGAACCAACUGCUGGAGAGGUUUUUCAAGACUGUCUUCUCGGAGGCGUUCCAGAUGGAUUAUGACCCGACCCUGGACCAGGAGGCGGUAGAGAUUCGACAGGCCCGGGACAUACUCGAGAUAGAACUCACAAAGGAGGAGUUUGCAAGUGCGAUGGCUAUGAAACCUGAGACUGAGUUUGUGGAGAACAUGUUUGCCCUCAUGGAUACUGAUCAUAACGGCUACAUCUCCUUCCGAGAGUUCUUAAACGCCGUCGUCAUGCUGUCGAAAGGUUCCGGUCAAGACAAGUUACAGAUCCUGUUCCGGAUGUUCGACCAUGACGGAAAUGGUACCCUGGACAGGGAUGAACUCAUCAAGCUGUUUAGCUCCCUCCUGGAGAUGGCGGACAGCAGUCUGGACAAGAGUGACGUGGAGCAUCUGGUGGAGUCCAUCUGCAACCAGCACGGCAUCUCGAGCAGUGACGCCAUCAACUUCGACGGUUUCUGUGCCAUCCUGUCGCCGCACAUGGACAAACUCUGGAACGCCGGGCUGGAGUGGAAGGGGUGUAAGAGCUUCAUCCCGCCACCCGGGGACGAUAAGCGAAAGAGCGAACACGAGACAGGGGCAGCAACUCCUUCGCCUACCAGUGCGGAGGCACGGAAGCGCGUGAACCAGGCGCCGGAAACGUCCAUUAUCAUCAAGAGCGACUCCAACGCCUCCUUGGGGAGCGGCGCCGCCGCCGAGAGCGCCUCAACAUCCACGGACAAUUCCGGGGUGCAGAAACGACACCGUUUUGUUGCCAUUCGCGAGACCUACACCCCUCUGAAGGCCCGGAUGAGGAGAUUGAAACACUUCGUGGAGAAUAACCGCCAGCACAUCUUCUAUUUAGUCCUCUUCUACGGCAUCUGCGCCGGACUAUUUGCGGAGCGAUUUUACUUUUACACGGUGGAGCGCGAGCACAGCGGCCUACGGGCGCUCAUGAGCUACGGUAUCAGCACGACGCGGGGCGCUGCUGCCGGCAUGUCGUUCUGCUUCUCGCUUCUGCUGGUAACCAUGCUGCGCAACACCAUCACCUUCCUGCGGGGAACCUUCCUCAAUCUGUACGCUCCCUUCGACUCCAUCGUCUCAUUCCACAAGGUCGUGGCAUGGACCGCACUCUUCUUCACAGCCUUACACGUGGUUGGAUACGGGUUUAACUUCUAUCACCUAGCAACGCAGCCGACCAAGUACCUGUGCAUCUUCGAUACAAUUGUCUUCCGUGCCGACAUUCAGCCUACGUUUAAUUUCUGGUUCUUUGGAAACCCUACCGGUUUCACAGGGCUGCUGCUGGUUGUCGUGAUCUGUAUCGUGUACGUGUUCGCCACCCAGACGGUCCGCAGACUCAUCUUCAACGCCUUCUGGCUCUCUCACAAGCUGAUCGUUGUCAUGUACGUUCUCACGAUCCUGCAUGGCGCCUCGAUGAUUGUCCAGAAGCCGACGUUCUACGUGUACUUCGUGGGCCCCGCCAUCUUGUUCACCAUCGACAAGAUGGUCAGCCUCUCUCGGAAACGGAUGGAGAUCUCCAUCGUGAGAGCCGAGAAUCUCGCGUCAGAUGUAACCAUAAUCGAAUUCAAGCGACCGCCCAGGUUCGACUUCAAAUCCGGCCAGUGGGUGCGGAUAGCGUGCCUGCCCCUGGGCUCCAACGAGUACCACCCUUUUACCUUGACCUCUGCACCCCACGAGGACACCCUCUCGGUCCACAUCCGGGCAGUCGGGCCCUGGACUAUUGCCCUUCGAAACACGUUUGACCAAGAGUAUUCGAAGGAUGCGAUAUACCCGAAGCUCUUUCUUGACGGCCCGUAUGGCGCGGGUCAGCAGGACUGGUACACGUACGACGUGUCCGUGCUGGUAGGGGCCGGUAUAGGGGUCACACCGUACGCUUCCAUACUAAAGGACUUCGUGCACAUGACCUCCAUCAAGAGCACCUACAAGAUCAGGUGUCAGAAGUUGUAUUUCAUCUGGGUCACCGGAAGUCAACGUCACUUCGAGUGGCUGCUCGACAUCCUGAAGGAAGUGGAGGCGAUAGACACGAAGGGAAUGGUCUCCAUUGACAUCUUUAUCACGCAGUUCUUCCAAAACUUCGACCUGCGCACCGCCAUGUUGUAUAUCUGCGAGGAGCAUUUCCAGAAACUGUCCGGCGGGAAGAGCGUGUUCACCAGCCUGAAAGCCAACACGCACUUCGGUCGCCCCCACCUGAGCAGCAUGUUCAAAACCCUGCACCGUACACACCCUACGGUACGUAAAGUGGGUGUGUUUUCAUGUGGCCCACCUGGUGUCACUAAAAGCGUCGAACGCGCAUGCGUAGAAAGCAGCAGAAGUACAAAAGCCUUGUUCGAACAUCAUUUUGAAAACUUUUGAGUCUUUAAAAUUGAAUUAAACGUGUUAAAGGUGACUUUAUUAAGACAUUUGCUACAAACGGACUUUUGAAAGUUUUACCAGGUUUUGGUUGUGAUUAUAAUCGUAUAAUGAUUAGUAGAUUAAUACAUGUAUCGUAAUUUUGCGUGAAAUUAUAUACGUGCAGUAGAAAUUAAGUGAUAACCCGUUUAAGAAAGUAUACAGAGUUAUGUUGUUGUUUUUCAAAAUGAUCACAUGGUAUGUCAUAAGAGGAAAAAGGUAAUUAAUUUAAAUAUAAUAUUCUGCCACAUUGUUUCGAUGUUUUUAUGUCACGACGAUUUAUAUGUUAGCCAUAUGUUGAUUGUGCAAAUGUUUAAUUCAACAUAUACCAGUUCAUAUAUGCUUAUGCCUCAUGUAAUGUUUUCACGAAACUUUGAUUUUAACCAUUAUAAGCGUAAACUUCAUUACGCAUGAUUCCUUCCCUUAAAAUGUUUUUUUCAGAAUAAACUUAUAGAUAUGAGCCGCGCUCUGUGAAAAGGGGGUUUAAUGCAUGUGCGUGGAGUGUCGUCCCAUAUUAGCAUGUGCAGUCCGCAUAGGCUCAUCAAGGAUGUCACUUUCCGCUUUUAUGAUAAUCACGGAGCGUAUACCCCAUCUAGAGUCCGUGUGAUAAUUUUCGUUUAAAGGAAUUCUCUCAUUAGCAAAAAAUCUAGUUUAGGCGGUAAGUGUCGUCCCUGAUUAGCCUGUGCUGACUGCACAGGCUUAUCUGGGACGAAACUUUACGCACAUGCUUGAAAAACCUUUUUCAUAGAGAAUGGAUGAUAUAUAUUAUAUGCUCAUCAUUCAAGCUAGGGUUGUGAACUAUUGUUAUGUUUUCAUUAUAUACAUGUAUAGUUUAUAUACCGCUAUCAUAGUGCUUAUUCAAACUGUUAACCUCAUAAAUAAAACAGAGAACAGUUAUAAAUAA